AUGUGCCCAAGUAUUGGUCUGUGGGAACUUAAAAUAUGUGGUAUAUCGGAAUUCCCAAUAUCCGUAGGAGGGUCGGGUGGUGGGUGGUGGGAGGUCAGUGGUAGGGGGAGGGGGGUUCAGAGGCGAUGUUUGCGGCGCCUGCAGCCAGCGCCCGAGAUAAGCGACGAGCGACGCCCGUCCUAUGAAAUUAUAGCACCCCACUCUGGCGAGUAG